AUGACUGAAUGGGGGAAAAAAGCAACUGUGAAACAGAUGACUGAAUGGGGGAAAAAAGCAACUGUGAAACAGAUGACUGAAUGGGGGAAAAAAGCAACUGCGAAACAGAUGACUGAAUGGGUGAAAAAAGCAACGGUGAAACAGAUGACUGAAUGGGUGAAAAAAGCAACUGUGAAACAGAUGACUGAAGGGGUGAAAAAAGCAACUGUGAAACAGAUGACUGAAUGGGGGAAAAAAGCAACUGCGAAACAGAUGACUGAAUGGGUGAAAAAGGCAACUGUGAAACAGAUGACUGAAUCGGUGAAAAAAGCAACUGUGAAACAGAUGACUGAAUGGGGGAAAAAAGCAACUGCGAAACAGAUGACUGAAUGGGUGAAAAAGGCAACUGUGAAACAGAUGACUGAAUCGGUGAAAAAAGCAACUGUGAAACAGAUGACUGAAUGGGAGAAAAAAAGAAACGGUGAAACAGAUGACUGA